GCCUCUUUUAGGGUCAACAGGCGAGGAAGGGGUGACCCCCUCUGCUUCCCAAGUUUCAGGAAGCAGAAGAGAGGCAGGAGGCCUUCUUUGAGCUUUGCCCCUCCCCUAGAGAGUGCGGUGGGACUCCAGCGCCCACGGGUGGGAGGUGAAGGAGAGGUAAGGGGAAGGACCCCCUGACCUCGGCCUCCCCCUGGCGGAGCCUAAAUAGACGAAUGGGUCCCUUUCUGCAGUUUCGGAGCCGUGUUUGGGAGGGAGGGGGAAGUGGAAAGAGCUAUGGAGUGGGGGGAAAUCUGUGGUUGUCACGGCCCCUCUCGGCUGAAGAUCUGUGGGCGUUCCAGUUACUCAUGAGAGAGAGAGAGAGAGAGAGAGAGAGAGAGAGAGAGAGAGAGAGAGAGAGAGAGAGAGAGAGGCAGAGAGAGAGAGAGAGGAAGGGAGGCCUGGCCCAGGUUCCCCUCCAAGUCUGGGGGGCUGGAGGGCUCUCAAACCCCGGGGGUCCCGAGGCCAAGGAGGCCGAGGCCGGCGCCCUCCCCGGCCGCCCUGGGCCGGCGUUCCGGGAAGAGAGGCGGGCGGGCAGGCUGGCUGUGCGUGCCCAUUAAUCUGCCGGGUGUGCGGGCUGGGGGUUGUUUGUAACUUUGCUGGCUCGGUCGCCGCGGGUCCCCGGGGAGCGGGCUCCACGGCUCGCUCCCAUUGGCCGCCGCGCCGUCAGCUGGUGCUAUUUGCUGCUGUCGCUUUUGGCGCUCGGCCAUCCAGAAACAAACCAGUUCGAUGACUACUAAUAGUUAUAGCCAGAUGUACUAAUACACAACAAAUCACGGUCCUGCAGAGGGGAGCGCAAAUGAGUUCCUAUUUUGUGAAUCCCACUUUCCCUGGGAGCCUGCCUAAUGGACAGGACUCCUUCCUCGGGCAAAUCCCCCUCUACCCAGCUGGCUAUGACGCUCUGAGGCAUUUCCCCGCUUCUUAUGGGGCAUCGAGCCUCCAGGACAAGACAUACACCUCACCUUGUUUCUACCAACAGUCCAACACGAUCAUUGCUUGCAAUCGAGCGUCCUAUGAGUACGGCACCUCUUGUUUCUACUCAGACAAGGACCUGAGUAGCGCCUCUCCCUCGGGCAGUGGCAAACAGAGGGGCCACGGGGAGUAUCUGCACUUUUCUCCUGAGCAACAAUACAAAUCCGAAAGCAGCGUGCAGGGCAAAAUCUUAAAUGACGAAGGCAGCGACCGGAAGUACACGAGUCCUGUUUAUCCCUGGAUGCAGCGGAUGAAUUCCUGUGCUGGUACCGUGUACGGCACCCACGGCCGAAGGGGAAGGCAAACUUACACGAGAUAUCAAACCCUCGAAUUGGAAAAGGAGUUCCAUUUUAACCGCUACCUGACGCGAAGGCGCCGGAUUGAGAUCGCCAACGCGCUCUGCCUCACAGAACGACAGAUCAAAAUAUGGUUCCAAAACAGGAGAAUGAAAUGGAAAAAAGAGAACAAACUCAUAAAUUCCACACAGCCCAGCAGCGAAGAAACAGAGGAAAAGGCAGGGGGAGUAGAAUAACGAAUGCAUCAGCAAAGUUCCCAGGCCUUCCCCUUUCUUAGCGGCUUUCCCCCCUUGUGUUCUCCUUCUGCCAACACUAUUGCUGCCCUAAGUAAUCACAGCCUGUUAUUUCUAAAGCUGGAGGAGAGGCUAGAUAUUUGCAAUCAACUGUGUGUUUCUUAAGAGAAAAAAAAAAUAGGAGUCAUUUAGAAGUCUGUUGUGUACAUAGCUCCCCUUUCCCUUCUCGUGUAAAGUCAGUUAACCAGGGACCCCACCCCCAGAAGGGACCCUGUUUUCUGUUGGGCAUCUCGGAUUGUCCGAGUGUCUGCUCUAGUAGCUGCGAUUCGGUUACAGAAGCGAAUAGGUGCAUGGUUUAGCAUCUGAACUGUGAGCUAAUUUGGAGGGGGAAAAGCACCAAGCCGGCGUUUCAACCCUUUGAGAAUCUAUUUACGGUCGGGGUCGUCUCCUCCCUACGGUGUUUGGGAGCUGGCGGUCCAGCGGGCUCUACAAAAAGUUUUACGGUAGUAAGCAACAAUGCAACAAGACAUAAACCAAUAAAUCUGCUGAACAAAGAAGGGAAAAGACAGUUGGGGUCCCCCCACGCCCCCUCCCCCCAAAAAGACCUCUAAGAGUCAUUUCGCCUCGGGCAAAAAUGGGCAAUGGAAGAACUUUCAGGAAACAAAGAGUCGGCUAGAAGGAGCUAUAAAACUCAUGUUCCCCAAUGAAAUCGGCUAACUGUAACUGCGAAAAAAAGCAACCUUCCAGGCAAGGCAAGAAAAUCGGGGCACUGAACUUUGCAGGCUCGGGAGAAGCCCGAUCUUUCCGAGGGGACAGGACCACGGGAGUCCCAGCUGCAAUUCCACAAGAUCGGGUUGUUGUUGGUUCUCCCCCCCCUCUCCCUCCUUUAAUGUCAGUAAGAAGGGGGCAUUUUUUUUUUUUAAUUAGGUGGUACAUUGGCCUGAGCUUCCCGUAUUUCCAAGUGGCUCAUGGGCUUGGUCCAGACUGUCUCUUAUCUCUCUGCUACCUUUGUCAUUUACUUUCGAAAUUCUAAGCCCAGGAAAAUAAAGGCGACAGCCCCAGCUGCCCUGAAAUGCUUCUCUUCUGGCUCUCCUUGAAUUUUUUCUCAUCAAAACAGGACUCCCAAAGCAAGUCUAUCCAGCUAUCUCUGCAUCGCCCCGGCACAGCCUCUGCAUUUUCGGGGAACCAAGCCUGGGCACAGAGAUACGCAGCAAGAAAUCCCCUUGCUUUCAGGGCUGGCCGGAUCGGGCAUCUGGAAUACGAAGAUUUUCUCCGAGCUCUGUCUUGAAAGCGAUGGGAAUAGCUAUCUAUGAAAAUCAUAUUUGUUUGUGGGGGAAAAAAAAUUUCGGCGGGGACCCUAAGAUUGUACGGAAUUUGACCUCGCCUUGGAAAACUACGACACAAAAGCUAUCUUUGCUCGAUGUUUGUCAUUUAAAAUCGGCAGGGUAGUGUCCCUUAUGCGCCUGCAGAAAAGAGGGCUGCGAUUGCAGCUGCUGAAGGGGGGGG